AUGCCUGACAACGCGGAGGAAGCUCCAGAGGCCCAAGAGGCUGAAAAUGGAAAGAAAAAGAAGAAGGAAAAGAAGGAGAAGAAGGCCGAAGUCGUCAAAGACGAGAAAAUGGGCCAGGUAAAAGACGAGGACCUCGACUGGAUUUGGAUCGGUGGCGCAGAGGAUGCGCGAGACCGGGAAGCUCUCGAGCGUGCCAACAUCCGGUAUGUCCUGAACUGCACCCCGCCGCGUUCAGAUGGCGGAGUGGCAAACGUCUAUGAGAAGGACCCAAAGUUCGAGUACUGCCGUGUCUCAAUGGGCGACAAUGCCACGGAGACCUUGCAGUCUCGAUUUGAGGCAAGCUGGAACUUCUUAGAGAAGGCCCGGAUUCGCGAGGACGGCUCUGUCCUAAUUCACUGCCAGCAGGGGGUCUCACGCAGUGUGUCCAUGGCGAUGGCUUACAUGAUGAAGUACUACAGGAAGACCUUCGACGAGGCUAUGGCCAUCGCGAAGGACGCCCGGUCCCAGGCAUGCCCAAACGAGGGCUUCACCACGCAGCUGCGAGCGCUGGACGAGGAGCUGAGGAAUAACCCCAAGCUCUACGAGCCCAUUCCGCCUAAGCGGCGGAAAGCCUACCGCAGCGAUGCCAAGCCCGGUGUCGGCGUCGGUCCUGUUCGAGGCCCCUCCGGCCCAGCAGGUCCCGGCCCUGCGCCAGGUCCCGGCCCUGCGCGAGGCUUGAUCCGGAUGGGCGUUGACUGUUGCCGUUGUUUUGGGCAAACUCUGAGGUUGGCAAGGAAACUUCAUUAG